CUAAUCAUCGGCCUUAACUUCUCUCCCCACAGUAUAAUUAGCAACGGAAGCUCCAACGGCAAUGGCGUUCUUCCCCUGCUGCUAUUUAACUGAAACAGAGAAACCCGAAGCCUCCCCUUAUCGGAGAUUCGAUCCGCCGGACAAAGUAAAUCUUCGUCACUUCUUUGUUGGGUUUCCUGUUCUUCUUCUCUCUUUCUGUGUUCUGAGUCUUCCUUGGCCGAGCUGGGCUUUCGCAGCGCCAUGGAAGGUCUCUGCAGCAAGAAGACGAUUCUGGGUCUCUGCCCUUUCCUCCUUCUCCUCCUCUGUUUCUUUCCUUUCACCAACGCAGAGCUUGAGAGAUUCGAGCAGCCCGUCAAGGCAGACGGGUCAACGAGCUUCCUGGUGAUCGGAGAUUGGGGCCGACGAGGAGAGUACAAUCAGUCUGAAGUUGCUCUUCAGAUGGGAAUGAUUGGGGAGAAGCUGAACAUCGAUUUUGUGGUAUCAACGGGAGACAAUUUCUACGAUAACGGGCUGACGAGCGACGUCGACCCUGCGUUUGAGGAGUCCUUUUCCAAAAUCUACACUGCUCCGAGCUUGCAGAAGCCGUGGUACAGUGUUCUGGGGAACCAUGAUUACAGGGGAAAUGCAGAGGCCCAGUUGAGCCCUGUCCUCAGAAAAAUUGACAGCAGAUGGCUUUGCUUGAGGUCCUUCAUUGUCAAUUCAGAGUUGGUGGAGAUGUUUUUUGUGGACACGACACCGUUCGUGAGGUCGUACUUCACCGACUCAGAGGGCCAUACGUAUGAUUGGCGCGGCGUGAAGUCCCGUAAGAUGUACAUCAAGAACCUAUUGGGGGAUCUGGAAUUGGCGCUGAGGGAGUCAACCGCAACAUGGAAGAUCGCAGUUGGUCACCACGCGAUCAGGAGCAUAAGCCACCAUGGCGACACUCAAGAGCUCGUGAAAUUGCUUCUCCCAAUUCUUCGGGUGAACAAUGUCGAUUUCUACAUGAACGGGCACGACCACUGCCUCGAACACAUUCAGGACACAGGAAGUGAGAUUCAAUUUCUAACAAGCGGGGCCGGGUCCAAGGCGUGGAGAGGAGACAUCAGAUCAACAAACAAAGCACACGUGAGGUUUUUCUAUGACGGGCAAGGAUUCAUGUCGGUUCAGCUAACCUCAGAUAAUGCAAGGAUCGUGUUCUACGAUGUGUUCGGGGAGGUCUUGCACGAGUGGAAUGCGAUGAAGAGGCUUCACCCGUCGGUGUAAGAGAGCAAAAACCCAAAAAGAAAGAUCUUUGUUACCGCGAAAACCCUGGGAAAGCAAAGAUUUGGUUGAGGAAGUGUGGGCAAUAUCGCAUUCCCGUUAACAGAUUAAGCCUUCACAUGUAAUUGGCCAUACGAAAAAGCUUUCUCCAGUACAACCGGGAUUACGGUUAGCUUCCUCCACUACUACGAGCUGAGAGCCGCAUGCUUCUGUCAUCUGGACCUGAUCAGAAAAUAUAUUCUUCAAUUUCUCGACAACAAAAGAUGCUGUUUCGUGGUGAUCAAUUGCCGAACUCGUGAACAUCCCACAAAUCAACCGAUCUAAGGAAGUCCUUGCAGACAAGCACCAAGAGACACUGUGCUGGUGGUGAUUCGUACAUGAAAUGCUGCAAAUUUGUCAUGAGGCUCAACCCAAGUUUCACCA